GUUAUACGGGGUGGUCUAAGCGCCUUUCACACGGGCCAACUUCCUUUCGCUCCGACAUCUUGACAAGGCAACAUGCCUCCCAAGCAAGACAAGAAAAAGGAUGCUGGGAAGUCCAAGAAGGACAAGGACCCAGUCAACAAAUCUGGAGGCAAAGCCAAGAAGAAGAAGUGGUCCAAGGGAAAGGUUAGGGACAAGCUGAACAACCUGGUCCUCUUUGACAAGGCCACCUAUGAAAAACUGUACAAGGAAGUGCCCAACUACAAGCUCAUCACACCCGCUGUCGUGUCUGAGAGGCUGAAGAUCCGUGGCUCGCUGGCUAGGAAUGCCCUGCAGGAACUGCUUGCUAAAGGCAUGAUCAAGCUGGUGUCUAAGCACAGAGCACAGCUCAUCUAUACACGUAACACCAAGGGAGGAGAUGAGGAGGUGGCAGCAGAGAAAGCAUAAUCAGGUUCUCUGGUUUGUUUCCUUUGGUAUGCUGUUUGUAAUGAACGUAAAUAAAAUGUGAAAACACAAA